CUAAGAAAAUAUUUUAAAAAAUAUAAACAGAUAGUAUAUCACACAAAUUAUAGUGAGUCAGUGUUAUUUUGUUUGAGAGUGCUGGAGAAAAAUAGAUAAAUUACUCUAAUCAUGACUUUAGUUAUUAGUAGUUGAAUAUUCAAUCAUGCAAAAUUACACGAGUACUCCUCAAUAGUUUCUUUUUGAAAGUUUUAGCAAUCGGUAAUAUAAUUACAGUGCAAUCUCCGAUGUUCGAAUUAUGGAAUGUUUUCGGAAAAAUCAAAAAAUAUUUUUAAUAUACAGCUGCUGGAUUUUCUGUCUUAUUUAAAUAAUUUAAUUUUGCCCACAGAUGACUGAUGCCGUGUUCGAAUCUAAAAAGAAAUGUAGACAGUACAGUGGUGAUUAUUUGAAAUUUGGCUUCAUUCCAUUAUUGCCGGACAAACAAUCGCCUAUGUGCCUUUUAUGCAACAAAGUUUUGGGCAACGACGCUAUGAAACGAUCUAAACUGCAAGAUCAUCUGAGAAGAUGCCACCCUGAUAAAACAGAGAAAGACUUGAAAUACUUUCAAACACUCAAAGAUAAAUUUCAGAAGAGUCCUACACUGGACAGAAUGUUCGAUUCGACGUCACAAAGAAACGAUGAUGGUUUGCGGGCGUCUUACAAUAUCUCGUUACCUAUAGCAAAAUCCGGAAAACCGCAUACUAUCGGAGAGAAGUUAAUUUUGCCAGCCGUUGAAGAGGUUUUAAAAACUGUUUUACAAAAACCUGCAUCUGAUAUCAUUAAAAGAAUUCCCUUAAGCAACAAUACUGUUGAAGGACGUAUUGAUGACGAAUUCUGAUAUUGAAAGCUUCUUAUGUAAUUAUUUGCAAACGACCCAUUUCUCUAUACAACUGGACGAGUCAACUUUACCUGAUUAUUAUUGGCAUAUGAUCGUUUUAUUAUGAAUCAAGAAAUCUACGAAGAACUGCUCUUCGCAAGAACUUUGAU